AAAGGUCAUUUGAGUGACUCACUGAGAAGUGUAAAAUAUUUCAGUCUGGUCACGAGGCAGAUCGAGUGGAGAAGCACAAGGAAAAUCGAACCUGAAAUGGAUUUGGGUUUUCUGUUUUUGUUAUUACUACAAGCAAUGAUCUGUCAAUGUUUCUAUGUUUCUACAGUAUCAGCACAAGAGGACAAGAUCACUUGCACAAUACCGCCAGUGGCGCCUUCUCGUGACACAGUUCUGACAUGUCACUUCCCUGAGGACUUGAGUGUCACAAAGAAAGAUUUCACGAUCUACCGCUAUGUCGAACAUAGCAAUCCAGUGUUCAUAGAAGAAUCAUCAAAUGGCUAUAGUCUGCAUGAAUUGCUGGUUCUUCAUCCUCGAUGCUGUUCUCAAGAACCUGUUGUCGACUGCUGGUGGUUGAAUGGCGCCAUUGAUUGUUUCGCAAAAGCAGGGUUUGAAUAUAACAAGGUAGUCAGCCGAACCCUGAAUGUUACAAUAAGUCACGUGACACAAGCGACAGGUAAAUACGCCUGUCAAGUGGCCGGCUACGUGUCCAGACUUUUGGAAACCUGUGAAUUGAAUUUUAAAUAUGAUGACAAGGUGGGAUGCACCAUAGCCUCAGUGAAGCCAUUCCAUGACACAACGCUGAAGUGUUACUUCCCCGAGGACCUGAGUGUCACCAAAAAAGAUUUCACGGUGUACCACUACCCUGAACAUGGGACACCAGAAUCUGUUGUCGACUGCUGGUGGAUAAAUGGCGCUAUAGACUGUUACACGAAAUCAGGAUUCAGGUAUGACAGGGUAGUCGGCCGAACCCUGAAUGUCACAGUAAGUCACGUGACAAAAGCUGCAGGUCAAUACGCCUGUCAAGUCGCUGGUUACGCGUCCAACCUUCUGGAAACCUGUCAGCUUACCUUUAAACAUGGUGAAAAUAACACGUGUAGUAUUUCCAAAAAGGAAAGUCAUUCCCAAGGUAUUUUGACCUGUUUGUUCAAUGAAGACAUCCAGAGGACACAGAGAAAUUUUACUGUGUACAAGCACCAUGGCCAUGAGAAACGAAGUGUCCUUCAUUGCUGGUGGUCCGAUGGAAGAGUCAGUUGCCACGUGACACAGAAUUACUACUUUGACAAGGAGGUCUCCUCCUACCUCCAAGUGCGGAUACCGAGCACAUCAAACGAGGGAGAGGUCAUCUACUCAUGUUGGCACGAUGGGUCUCAAGCCGACCGAGUGGAAACUUGCUCCUUUAAUACAGACUGCACACGUACGGAAGCACCUAAGACUGUGAUUCCUUCGGUCAUUGGAAUAUCAUUAGGAGGGUUGGCAGUUGUGAUUUUGCCUGUAAUAGUAAUCGUAGUUUUCAAGAAAUUGAGGCGUUGUGUUCCAUCCACUGAAAAAAACGCUGAAGUUCCAGUUUCGCCCGUUUAUGAUCAGGUGCCGGAGACCGAAAUCUUUGUGAUUGAGAAUUACUUUGAAUCACAUGAUCUGUACCCAGACAUAAGAGAACUGCUGCAAGAGCCCAGAGUAUUUCUUGUUGGACCUCCGAGUACCGACAGAACAGAUAUUUUAUGUCACGUGGGAAGGAAAUGGAUUGCAGAAGGUCAUGUGGUGUAUCUAAUAAACCUGAGGUCCUCAGGGCAUCCAGCUACAACACGGUUACAACAGCUGCUGCAGCAGAGAGAUGGAAAUAAUUCCCGAACCAGUCUAGCACAUGCGACUGUCAUCCCUCUAUUGUGUGACAUAAAGGACGAUAAGAAAAUAAAUAAUAACAUUAACAAACUGGUUCAAUGUUCCAAGGAAAAAAUCCUUUGUGCCCUCGUUGACGAUUUGGCUCCUGAAAGCAGAGAGCAAGAAGAAAAAGUCCAAAUAUUUCUCACAAAACUUCAUGAGCGCCUCCCAAACCUUCACCUGUGGGCGGCCAGUGAUCGUCCUCACAUUUCACCACCUGGCUGGAGGGGGAAGCCUCUACCUAAAUUUCUAAGCUGCCCCCUACCUGUCAUAAAGAAAGCAGAACAAACAAAACGUUCUCGUUCUGCAAAAUGUUUCCGAUGCCAACUGUUUCGUUGCCUAACGCGAAAAAACGUCUGCCAUCCUCUUGAAGACACACAAGGGCGGUCGUGAGUUUUUUCAGCGGGAUGAACACUGCAUACACCCUGGGGUAGUAUUAUUAGUGUACUGACACCCAGGGUAGACAUUCGUGUUAUGUGUAUGUACGUGGAAGGAGCAAUCAACAGACAAGACUUUUCACCUUAGAAGAGCAGUCUGUGUGUCGUCACCGUUGUAUGUAGCAGCUGGUUUGCGUUUGUACGACUUUUUCAUAUUAAAAACCAAUUUAGGUGUUGCACCACUUCUGUACUUCAUUUGUAUCUGUAUUUGUAUGAUUUAAGGAAAAAAGUAUAUGGGAAUAAUAGACAAUAAGACACUCACUAAAAAUGUUCGUAGUAAAAAUAAAAGGCAUUCCUAACAAAAUGCGGUAAUAUCUGCAAGGUUAGCUGGAUUAACAAAAAACUAUGUAAAGUAAUAUAUAUAUAUCUUCUUUCAUAGAUCAUCAUUUAAAACAAUAAGUAUUUUUAAUGUUUUUUAAAAAUAAUUUUGCUAAGCUUUUUUUUUCCAUAAUUCUGUUUCCUGAAGUAUAGAGUGGAAGGACACUGUUAUACCGCCAUAUUGCUCGUGUUGCCGUUGCCCCAAAUAAAAUAUCUGCGGAAUCGAUUAAAUCUUUAAAUCAGCGUCUUCCUGUCUCUUUGACAAGGGAUGUAACUCUAUCUAAAUGAGAUCCAACGAGAAAUGGCCUGGGAUACGUCCCUUGUCUUUUUAUAUUUUGUGGUAGACAUUGUUGAAUUCAACGGACACGGGUGAGUGUUCCACUCUUUACAUAUUUAUCCGGCCUGGUCUCCAAGAGUUAAGCACAUUUCCAGUCUUUAAUAAAAUAAAUUUCUACUACCAAA